UAUUAUUAUUAUUAUUAGAAGAAUGUCACAAUCAAAACAAGAUUCGUCAACAAUUUCAAGACUUCCACCUUCAAAUGUUGCAGAAAAAAUUGAAAUUCUCGAUCCUGAUGGUUACAAGGCAGACCAGACAAUGUUGACGAUUGUUUUACAUGAAGAAGAUCAUACGAUUGGGAAUGCUUUGAAACAUAUAAUUUGUCAAAUGCCAGGAGUUGAAUUUUGUGGUUACAACAUUCCACAUCCGCUAGAAGAUAAAAUUCUUAUCCGAAUCCAAACCGAGAAAGGUUAUUCUGCUGGUGAUAUUCUUUGUAGAGGACUUGAAGAUCUUCAUACAGUUUUCGAUCAAAUUCAAAAGAAAUUUGGGCAGGCCUAUUCAGAUUUUAAGACAGGAAGGACUAUUGAUGAUGAAGAGGGAGAUGAAGAUGAGGAGGAAGAAAAUGAUGAAUAA